GUUUUGUGUCGUAUUUGUAUUUUUUUUUUGUUUUCUCCAAUGAACGGAUAAGGUGACGGAGCUUCAGAUCGCCGAGAGCUUCUUCAGGAGACCCAUGGCGGCGAUGGAUUCUCUCUUCCUUCUCUUCCUCAUUCCUCUCAUUCCACUCUCGCUUCUCGCUAUCUUAGCUCUAAUCGUACGUCCUCGCCCCAUUAAGAUCCCUAUCAAGUCCCGUCACGUCUUCGUCACCGGUGGAUCUAGUGGCAUUGGUCUUGCUCUCGCCCAGCGCGCUGCUUCAGAGGGCGCUCGCGUCUCAAUCCUCGCCAGAUCCGCCGAGAAGCUCGAGGAGGCUAAGAAAUUGAUCCAGCUCGCUACUGGAGUUGAAGUCGCCACGUUCUCUGCCGACGUUCGCGAUUACGACGCUGUGUCGAAGGCGAUUGACGAAUCGGGGCCGAUUGAUGUGUUGGUUGUAAAUCAAGGUGUGUUUGUCGCGAAGGAGCUGGUGAAUCAUAGUCCAGAGGAUGUCAAGUUCACGAUUGACGUGAAUCUUGUUGGGAGCUUCAAUGUGAUUAAGGCCGCUUUGCCUGCAAUGAAAGCAAGGAAAGAUCGUGGACCUGCCUCUAUCAGUCUCGUCUCUUCUCAAGCUGGCCAGGUGGGUAUCUAUGGUUAUGCUGCAUAUUCAGCAACCAAGUUUGGUCUACAGGGUUUAGCGCAAGCACUGCAACAAGAAGUUAUUGCUGAUGACGUUCAUGUCACUCUUAUAUUUCCUCCUGAUACUGAUACACCAGGAUUUGAAGAAGAACAGAAGAGCAGACCUGAAGUCACUGCCAUAAUAGCUGCAUCCUCUGGUUCAAUGAAAACAGAAGAAGUAGCCAGAAAAGCUAUGGAAGGCAUAAAAGCAGGAAAGUUCACUGUCUCAUGCAACUUUGAGGGAUUCUUAUUGUCUCUUGCGACAACCGGCAUGUCCCCUCAAAGAUCAUGUUGGCUAGCUUUUCUUGAAGUUAUAACCGCCGGGCCAAUAAGAUUAGUCGCUCUCUUCUUUCAAUGGGAUUGGUAUAAAGCCAUUGAAAAAUGGAGCAAAACCAAAACCAAAUAAGAGUCCAACGAGUUGUCGAUGGGUACUUAAAACCUUCUUCUCAGAUUGGAGUCUCUGAGUCAACUACCACGCCAGCUAGUUGCUUGUACCAAUUCAGAAUAUCGACAAUGCAUAGUUUUUUAGUAACUCUUCAACAAUCAUGCAAGCCUGCGAACAAGCUCUGUUUUUCUUUUUCUGUAGAGAAAACAAGGAACUCAUUUGAAUGUAAGUUUUACUUGCUGAAGAAGAGAACGUUGGGUUUUGAAGUAAAGAUAAGUUACCUUUAUAGCUUCA